GGCGGGGGCAGGGGGGGCAAGAAAAGAAAAGGGAUGCCCUCGAGCGUUGAUAGAAACACACUUGCUGAAGGUACCAGGAGGCUCUCUCGACCUGAUUUCCCAGCUUUCAGAUCUCUCAGCACCCUUUCAGAUCUAGGAGUUUGGCAGUUGAAAUGAGUUUUCAGUCAUCCUAGAGCUUCCAAAACAUGGCAUCCCCAUCACCGGCCAUGGAAGAACAGGCUACCACAGCCAUUGAUGAUCUCCAUUUUUCAUUGCAAGCGGAGCAGAAGGAUACUCAAAAGAGAACCUUUACUAGCUGGAUCAAUUCACAGUUGGAAAAGCAUUCUCCACCUUCUGUUGUCUCGGAUUUGUAUACGGACAUCAGGGAGGGUCAUGUGCUUUUGGAUCUGCUGGAAGUUCUCUCAGGACAACAACUGCCACGCGAAAAAGGAUCUAACACUUUCCAGUGCAGAACCAACAUUGAAAAGGCCUUGAUCUUCCUCAAGAACAGAUCGAUCAAACUAAUUAACAUCCAUGUUACUGAUAUCAUUGAUGGGAAACCAUCCAUUGUGCUUGGCCUAAUUUGGACAAUCAUCUUACAUUUCCAUAUUGAGGAACUAGCUCAGACUCUUGCUUGUGGGUACAAUCAUCCCCCAGCAGACACUUCUUCGCCAACCGCAAGCCCACCACCAAAAAGAAGUGCGACAGCAAAGGAACGAUGGAAGAUGUCAGCAAAGAAGGCUCUGCUUCUGUGGGCAAAGGAGCAGUGUGCCACGCAUGGAUAUAUCAAUAUCGCAGACUUCAAAUCCAGCUGGAGGAACGGAUUGGCUUUCUUAGCACUCAUUCAUGCCUUAAAGCCAGACUUGGUUGACAUGGAGAGUGCCAAAGGUCGAUCCAACAAAGAGAAUCUGAAGGAGGCCUUCCAGAUUGCAGAGAAGGAGCUACAUAUCCCCAGGUUGCUGGAACCUGAAGAUGUGGAUGUCAUCAGUCCAGAUGAAAAAUCCAUCAUGACUUACGUGGCUCAGUUCCUGCAGUAUUUCAGAAGUUUACCGGUGGCUGAAGAGGAAAUGCAGGGAAAAGUUAGAGAGACCUUGAGCUGGUUGAACUCUCAAGAAGAGAAUUUAAAAAAGUUGUGGACUCAGACGGAGAUCACACCCUUCGACAACAAGUUCCAUGAUAUGUUAUCAUUUAUGGAAAAAUUUGAUAAAGAGAAAAAGCCCUUCCUGCCCAUAUUGGCAUCUAAAAGAAAAGACGUGGAGCAGAGUGAAGAUUACCCAAGGAUGAGAGAAGCAUGGGACAACCUAACCUCUCAGAUGAAUGAAUGGAAAGCAAAGCUGAACCAUUUGUUACCUCCGCCUCUAGACACCGUCGAGGUCUGGCUCCAGGAGAUAGAGCAGCAGCUGGCGGAAGAUCUGCCGGAUUUUCAAGACCACUGUAAAGUCAUGGCUGCCCUUGAAGAAAAAAGGAGAUCCAUCCAGAGCUUGAUGGAAAGUUUCGAACGUCACUUGCAGGCCCUGCAGUCCUUUGAGAGCAGAGAUAAGGCAGGCAAGCUGCUGGUGCCACCCCAGAAGCUGGAAGAAAUGAGGAGGAGGUUCGGCAAUAUACAGCUUAUGGACUUCAACAUCCUUGUGGAAAACUACAACUCUCUCUGCUCGGCUAUCCUGGAGGAACUGAUACUGAAACUGAACAUCUGGCACAUCAAGUUUGGGACGAAGGAAACUGUGGAGUUACUCCAGUCAGACUGGCAUGAUUUUAUUGAAGAAAAGGGGUUUCUUGCUCAGCUAGAAACUGCACUUCAAGUAUGUGAAGAGAAGAACAAAAUCAUAAGUGCUUCUAAUUUGGGUGUUGAUCCCCGGGAUGCAAACAAAGUGUUUAAGAUGGUGGAAUCUAAGAUUUCCAGGUGCACAGAGUACAUUUCCAAUGUCAACACAACUUUGCAAAAGGUUCUGUCAUCCUGGGACUUCUAUACGGAGAACAUCCACUUACUAAAGGUUUGGCUGGAAGAAAUGCGCAAAGAACACGCUAAGAAGGUUCCGGCAGAGACUAUGGCAGCCUGGAACUCCAGACAUGGAUCUCUAAAUGAAGCUGGAAACUUUUUGAUUGAAUCCAGCAACGAAGAAGUGGGGUCAGCUGUGUCUGGAGAACUGAAAACACUGAACAGGAAGUGGGCGAAACUGAUCAAGAAGACCCAGUUUGAGAUGAGAUUGCUGGGAAUGCAAGAGGAGGAAAUGAAAUUGGCGACUGAUAGUAAUGAAAAUGCGGCAUCUCCUACUAAAGCAGCACCAGAUCCUCUCAGUCAUUCCAUGGACACCUCCGAGGAGGUUCUUAAGCCUCUCCCAGUCAGUCUUGGUGCCAGUUUACCUGUCCACAAAGAAUCCCUAUCAGAGCAAGAGGUCAGGCUGAGCUUUGAAGAUGCCCAUAAGGAAAUGGAAGCAUCUGUUUUAAAAGCAAUGCAACUUCUGGGCCAAAAGACGAGUCCAGAGGGACCGGUUUCAAAAUAUGAGGAAGCUUUCAGCAUCUUGGACAGCAACAUUCUUGGCAAGUUUUUGAAAGUGGCAGAACAAAUGAAAGACAUUUCGCUUGCCCAUGAAAAGGCAGUGGUGGAGGAAAAGAGCAAAGACAUUCGUGAGAGAUGGGAGGCAGUCCGCCACGAAAUUGUAUCCUAUAUCCAGUUGAGAAUGGAUGUGGAAAGAGGGAAGUUGAAUAAGGUGUUUUCAAAACUCAAUAAGCAAAUAAACAAAGAGCGGAAACUUCUCAACGCGGGAAAAACCAAGGGGCUUCUUGAGGAACAUGAGGCCAUCUUUUCUCAGCAAGGUAGCCUGGGCGAGCUUAACACUUGCUUACAAGUCAUGAAAACAAUGAGCGAGAAGAUGACAGAAGAGGAACAGCAGCCCAAAACAAAGACUCCAGUUGCAGAAUACAAGGAGAAGAAGGAAGAGCUUCAGACUCGUGCAUCAGCGAUUCACAGAGAACUGAUUUCUCGGGCUGCUGAUGGUCAUUCCUCUAAGAGAGGAGGUCUUCCGCUUGCUUCUGCAAAUGGGGAGAAGGAAUCAUCUUUGAACCUCUGUGACAACAUUCCUACCCCAAAGGGCCCAAGAGAUGAACCAGAAAUGAAAUACCGGAAUGGAGGACAUUGUGCAGGGAAGAUUGGAAGAGACGGAGAUUUGCCUAUAAAUAAAUUAAAACAUAGUUAUCAUACAGCAAAACAAAAUCUGAAGCUUCACUUACACAGCAUUGGAGAGAUUGUCGCUUCUGGUUUUACUGAUGAUGUGAAAGAUGUUUCCUGCUUUCAGAAUAAGCUGCGUGAGCUGGAGGACUUAGGGAAUAAAAGUGAUGCUUCCUGGAAAAGGUUUGAAUCCACAGCUCUGAAGCUAGAAAAGCUUGCGGAUCAAACAGAAAAACCUGGAGUGUCUGAAACUUCUCGUGAAGAACUGUUGAAAGAAUGGAACAAGCUCCAGAGUGCUUUAAAUGCAAGGAUGGAAUCUUUGAACACUGCUCUGGCAAUUGUUUUGCCGAUUGAAAACAAAUGGGUCCAACUCCGGGACUCGGAUGAGCAUCUCCGCAACAGAGAGAUACCCCAGUGCGUGCUGACAAAUACGGAGUGUGCCUUCCAAAAACUGAAGAAAAUGCAGGCGUCUAUCGCAAGCUGUAUUGAGCAGUGCAACCAACUGGAACAAGGCCGUCUUGCAAGAGAGAAAGUUGACCCAAUAGACCAGCGAGCAGCAGACGUGAUGAUUGGCAAAUACAAAGUGCGUUUGGAAGAACUGGGUUGCAAGAUGCAGGUCAUCAAAACACUCCUGCAAGAUCUUGAAACUUUCCUGGUUUCCUUGAGGCAUCUUCAGCACUCUGAGAUCAGCUCCGGGGAUGGCUCCGCACCUAGCAGUCUUACCCAGCAAUCGAUGGAAAGAGCUGCCUUGCAGGAAGUUUCUCUGUUGAAAGAAGAGGCAAAGUCUCUCGAUGAGAGGUUGAAGCGGGUCGACAUCUGCUUGAAAGAUGCUGAAUGUGGGCCAAAGAUGGGCUGCGAAAAACUGAUUGAAGUUGUCCAAGGAAAGAAAAACCCUGCCAGGCGUUCUGUAGAAGAACAAAAGGUCAUCGAGAGCCGGGAGGCACAGGAGGAAUUUGCCCGGGAGAGCAGCGAGCUUUUAAAAACCAUUCAAGAUAUACAAGAUAAGAUCAGUAAAAUAGGCUUGAGAGAUCCAACCAUUCCUGCUGUUCAGCAAAGACUGAAAUUGCUAAGCGAACUGAGGCAGAAGCUGGAUCGCCUUACUCCGGAAAUGAGGUCCUUAAAGGAAACAGCCAAUCAGCUUCUGCAGCUUACAGAGGACAAAGGCGAAGAGAUCAACCAGCAGUGCAGAGUUGCAGAAGGCUUGUGGAAGGAGGCAAAGCUCUCCAUUGCUGAAAAGCAUGAACACUGUGAUAGAGUGAUAGAGCUCUUGAAGCAAUAUCAUAGCUGCAAAAGCUGUCUGGCCAGCAUUAUUCAGAAGCAAGAACAAGCCCUGUCGCAGCAAGCAUCUUACAUGGGGAAAGAGAAUCUGCAGAGGAUAAUUGAGAAUGUCAACUUGGUAAAAACAGAAUUUAAUGACCAUUCCGAAGACGUGGACAGGAUCAACCAGAUCUGCAAAAACCUUCAGUUCCAGCUGAACAAAAUGAAGAGCUUUGAGGAGCCGCCCUUCGAGAAUGAGGCUAACGCUAUUGUGGACAGAUGGCUGGAUAUCAAUGAAAGGACUGAAAAUUACUGCGAUAAUUUGGGAAGGGCUCUGGCUUUAUGGGAGAAGCUCCUUAAUUUGCACAGCUCGAUUGACGGAUGGUUGAGCACAGAGCUGAAGAAGAUAGAGGAUCACCAUCUGACUGAAGACGCAUUGGCAGAGUUGGAGGUUGGUUUACACUUCCAAGAAAAAGACAUAGAGGAAUUUGACAAAAAGGUCGAUGAAAUACAAAGUCUUCUCCAUGGCUGUGAGCCCCCACUGGAAUUACAGGUCAUCAAAUCCUCUCUCUCGAACAAAAUGGAUCUAAUAAAAAAGCACUUACCAAACAAGUUGAUACCUGCUGAACUCAAUGGCAAUACUGUGGAGCUAAAAGGGGACCUUGACCUGGCCAAGACGCAGAUUGGAAUGACUGAAUCGCUUCUGAAAGCAUUGUCUCCCUCUGACACCUUGGAGAUCUUUACUAAAUUGGAGGAAAUACAUCAGAAGAUUUUACAACAAAAGCGUCAUGUAAUGUUGCUCCAAAAAGAGACAGGUUGUUUGAAUCCCGAGGUGGUUGAAUUAAAAAAGCAGCUUAAGAGCGUCAUUGACUUAUUUAAUUCAAAGAAGCAAAUUUUUCAGGAUCGUUUUACAACUCUCUUGAACCAUCAAUGUAAGGACUUUAAUGACUGGUUCAGCAGUGCACGGCUGUCUCUGAAGGAGUGUUUCGAGCCCUCAGAAACGAAAGAGGAAUUAGAAGAGAAAUUUCAGCAGCUGAUGAGUUUCCUAACUUUCGAAGGCAAAGGCAAUGAUAUCCAUGAGGUGAAAGCUCUCCUCAGCAAGGUGAAGAUCUACUUGCCCAAAGUGACCGUCAGCCAGCUGAGCACCUGGGUGAAGGACCAAGAGAUGGAACUGCAAAGAGUAAUAUCCAAAUGUCAGGUGCGAGAAAGGGAGCUUCAGGCCUCUUUGAAGCAGUUUGCUAGGCUUGAAGAGGACUUCAGUAGCCUGGAGGAAUGGCUAAGACUUCAGGAAGAGAAAUCGCAAAAGAGCCACAUGAAGAAGGCAGAACGUGGACAUUUUUACCAAGUUCUACUAAAGCAGAGAGAGUCAUUUGACUCUUUGGCUUGGCUGGCAGAUUCUUUGAGGAAGUCCGGAUUUUCGAGCGACGAAGUAGCUCAAGAGACUUCCCAACUUGCCAGCAGAUACAAGGCGUUGCUCAGCCACACCCGUAAAAGGCUUGGAGAUUCUCAGGUGUGUUCUGCAGAAGAAAAGAACUUUGAAGAACUUGCCCAGAGCAUGUUCUCCUGGGUGCAGAGGCUGAAAGAAUCGGUCCUCGCGCUGAGCUCCGAAGAACCCAAGACACAGUUGGAAGAAAGACUGCGCCAAAUCAAGGAGGUUGUAUUGCUGAAAGAUGAGGGCGAUGCUAAACUGCAAAACAUCGCAGCUCUUGGAGAACACUUGAGGAGAGACGAUGGGAGCAAGAACCUGGCUCUUCAGCAAAUGGUUUCUGACAUCCGAAAUCAGUGGGAAUGCACCAUUAAUCUGGCCACUGAUUAUCUAAGGCAUCAAGAACAACUCCAGCUUCAAAAGGAACAAGACCGGAGAAGAGAAGAUGAUAUCAGAGCCGCACUGUGUGAACUGGGAAAGCAGACGCAGGAAUUUGGUCUUGAUCUUCAGCCUGGUUCACAGGAGCUGCACAGUCAGUUAGCAGAUGAUGCCGCACUCCUACAGGAAGCUGAAAACUUAACCUUCCUUUUAAAUGAUUUGGAAAGCCAACACAAUUCCCUAGGGGAGGUCACUGACAGCUCCUCGGCCAAAAAGUCACUGAUGGCAUUGCAGCAUCUCCAUGAAAGUCUCCUCAGCCAUCUGCAGAACGCAGCAGAGCUCUUAGAAGGCCAUGCUGAGGAAGAACAACGCUGCAAAGAGCUGAUGAUGUGCUUGAGGGGUACUCUAAAGGGACUCUCGGAGCUUCCGGAUAUGGAGCAAAAGCAGGUACAACAAAAUCCUCUUUGUCAAACUGAAGGCACCUUGCAGGAGAUUAAAGCUUUAGUACAGUCUAUCAAGCAGAAGACCACCCCACUGGAGUGCAAGUUCAUGAAGGAUGAGGCAGAUAUGCCUCCACUGAAACACAAGAAGCAUCUCAAGACUAAACUUGGACAUGCAAAGAAAGGGGCUGGGGGUAUCCAGAGUAAUGUGCUCAAGCAAAACCGCAGGCUUUUGGAUGAAAUGCUGACCCAAGCAGAGGAAGGGGAAAUGCCAGAGAUGGGGAAGAUGGUAAUCUCUGAUAUUCCCUUUUCUGCUGAAGAAAUGAACAUUAUAGACAGGCUUGAAGGAUGCCAGGAAGGAAGAUCAGAAAAAUCCUCCAGAAUGAAAAUUCAAAAAAGAAAUAGAAAAGCUCCACAACAUUUCCAGGAAGGCCAGACAAUUGAAGAGCAAUUGCCAACUUCCAUGUUGGCUGAAGAGGGUCCGGUUUCGCUUGCUGAGGGGCUAAAAGGCAGCUUGAUGGAAGGCCACCCUUUCCUAAGCUCAGCAAGUUGGAGUGGAAAGCAGCUACAGAAAUCGGGACAAACACUGGCUGUUGAUAAUCCUCUAGAAGAGCUUUGGCAACAGCAGCCUGGCUAUCAAAAGAAAUUGCAAGCAACGGAUAGAACGCUGGAUGGGCCGCAAACUACUUUGCCGUUAAUAAAUGGGAAAGUAAUGGGGACUGACCUUGCUCCCUCCUCUGUCACACAUCCAUCACUGGAAAGCCAGGGCUCACAGAAUGAAAUAGUUCCCCCGAGGGAUCAUCUUCAACCUGAAGGAAUUGCAGAAUAUGGUGAGCUGCAGCAAAAGGUCAACGAGGUGAAAGUCCGGGCUGCAGAGUUAGAUAUUGUGUUGGUGAAUGACCAGCUGGGAGAGAUCGAGAAUUUGUGUUCUCAGCUGGAAAAACAGAGGGCCAAAGCAGUGUCACUGGGGCAAAGAGAAUGCUCAGCUGCUGAAGAAAUAAAUAAACCAGACCUGGCAGGCCUACAGAGCUGGGACAGAAUGCUGCAAGAUUUAAGGGCCGUUAAAGAGGUCAAGCAAGAUCAGGUUCAUUUGGUUAAUAAUUACCAAGACUGUCUCUCCGCUGUCCAGUCUUCCAUGAAACAUUUAUCAGCGGAAAAAGAAAACAUAAAAAUAAGGGGACCUAUGGAAGACACAGUUCUCCUGGAGAAUAUUGACAAGUGCUUGGCUUCCAUUCAGAAAGAGAGAGGCCUUCUAAGCAAGCUUAAAACCGAACAGGACAGUUUAUCUAGAUAUCUAACCAGCAUGGACAAAGAGUUGACACAAAGCCAAGUGAAGCAAGUUGAGCAAUGGUGGGAACAAAUGGAGGACUCGCUUCAAAGAAAACGGCUCCGGGUGGCAGCAAAGGCCAAUGAAUUUAAACGCCUCAUGGAUAAAGCACAAGAGCUCCAAAGAUUGUUAGAAAAGCAGAGCAAUUUGCAAAGAGGGCUGGGCGCCCCUCUAGGAGAAGGCCAGGCACACCCAGUGUUGCUGGCCACACAGCUGCAGACCCUUAAACACCGAAUAUCUCUGUUUAAAAAAGACGCCGAGAUGCGGAUGAAAAGGAUUUGGAAUGACAUGGAACAAAGGGCUCUAGAAAGUGCAGUAACUGAUUUGCAGGCCCAAGUAGAAGAAUUGGAGCAACUGACUCCUCAAGAGGGUGUCUGGGUCAUUGGCCGUCACCCCCAGGCUUACAAACUCACAAAGAGGACCGAAGAGGCCCUUCUGUGGGUCAGAGUGCUGGUGCUCCGUCUGGAUGAGAAACCCGCUCUUUUUCCAGAGGAUGUUGCAUCGCAAAUUGAAAACUGUCAGGCUGUGAUCAGUGCUACUGAGGAGAAAAGGCCAGAACUUAUACGGCUGGCAGAUGAGGCCCAGUCCCUUGCUUCGCAGUUGGAAUCCAGUGAGGCCUCUGCCCUCAGCUCCCUUUCACAGGAGUUACAAACCUCCUACCAAGACCUCGUACUGAAAGUCGCCCAGCGUUUGCAGCUGCUGGAAUCCCAUCUCAGAAAGAGACAGAAGCUUUUUGCAGACAUGGAAAAGACGGAAAUGCAGCUUCAAAACGUGGAGCAAAUAUCCAGUCCAGACUCCAGUGAAGCGAGUCUGAGGUCGGAGGCGAACCGUUGGCAAGCCCUUCUGGAAAAGGUUGCAACGGAAAUUCAGGAAACGGAAAGUCUCAUACAUGCUAAUUACAAAGGCUCACCUCAAGGGCUCAUUAUAUUUGAGCAAUUGUUUCUAAAUGAUGUUUUAAGAAGCCUAAGGAACAAAGCAAAGAGAGCCUAUCGGCUAAUCCAGAUUAAAAACUCUGCUGUGCAGAACAAGAUAGAUGCCUGUACAAAACUCUCUGAACAAAUCAUGGCGUUGCAACAAGAUAUCAGCAGUCUCCAGUGUGAUGAGCUGGAUCCCGAGGAACUGUUGGGAACUGAUCAAGAGGUUAAGGGUAAACUGAGUGUGCUUAAAGAGAAAGCUUUAGCCAUACAGUCAAGUUUGACAAGCUUGUACAAAUACAAGGAGGUCUGGGAAUGCCUGGAUCUGAAAUGGGAUGCACCGUGCUUUGAUAUCCUGCAAAGCCAGUUCUACAAAAUGAAGAAUGAUCUUGAGCAGAGAGUCAAAUGCUAUGAUAACUUUGCUGCAGAAUAUGAUAGGCAUCAAAAAGCACUUGGUGAGAUUGAGGUGAUCGUAGCUAACAUACAGAAGGACUGUGAUGCGUUGAAUGAUGUCCCGAGCUCUACCCCUGAAAGCAGCCUGAUAUCAGUGAAGAUGUUGAGUCUGAGAGUUCAGCAUGCCAAGUGUUUAAUUAAAUACGCGCUGAGUUUGCUACGUAAAACUGAAGUCCUUGGUGCCUCAAUCAAGGAGGCCAAGUUGGGGCAAAUAAAGAGCAUGGGGGUACAAAUAAAUGGAUUGGCCAAAAUGAUUCAAAAUAAGAUAUUGACUCUUCAAGAGAAAUGCAGACAUGAACCAGGAUUUCAGAGCAGGCUGGAUCCUAAUUUGCAGACUUUAAAGCAAAUUCAGUCUGAACUUUGGCAGCCUCUCCAGGUUGACUUGGAAACUCACACACUAUAUUAUGAAAACAUGUACUGCAAAGCACUUGAAGAUGCUGUGGAAGCAGAAGCUUAUGCUGCUGAAGAUAUGGUGGAUAAAGAAAGAGGGGCUCGGGAAGGAAAAGCAGCACUUCCCAGUAAUCUGGAGAAAGAUUUGGACAGUUUGCGAAACCUGAAAAUACAGCUGAAAGCAGACAUUGUGACACGUAGAAUUGCCUUAGAAGAGGACUACAAGACUGUUAAGAUUUACAACGAAGCUGUCCAGAAAGCAACUGACCACCUCUGUCAACAGGAAGCCCUCCUAUCUGCUCCUCCACUCAGCUUGGGUGAUCUAGAAGAAUCUUGCCUGCUUUCUCACCAGAAACAAGAAGAAUUUGAGGCUGCCAAGGCUGAAGUAGAAGCAUUGACCUCCAAACUGGAAAACAGAAUUAAACCAAGUGCCAAACCACAGUUGGGAAAAACACUCCAGGAUCUAGCUGCUAAGAGUUUGGUAGUAAGAGAGCAUGGCCAAAAGAGAAAAGCCGAUAUGCAGAGAUGUCUUGAGAGAUACCACAACUUCAUGCAAUCCAAAGAGAAGAUACGUGCUAAUCUUCAUCAUAUGGAAAAAUCACUUUGGAAAGCUUUGCUCCAUAAUCCAGUGUCUUACAAAGAAGCUUUAGAGCUGUCAGAGCAAAGCAAGUUGCUGGUCUCUCGACUGGUUUCAGCUGAAGAAGAUCUAAUGAAGUUGCGGCAAGAUUCGGGACAUUUGAGCCUGAUGUGCAGAGAAAAAGAGACAACGCUGAUAACCGCCAUUGUGUCAACACUGUGGCUGAAGUGGCUUCAUUUGCUUGAGGCUGCGAAAGAAUGGGAGAGUAAAUGUGAGGAGCAGAACCAGGAAUGGAAAUCUGUCAGUGAAGACAUGGAGCGAGAAACCAUCAUUUUAGACAAUCUCCAAGAAGAACUACCCGAAAAUCCCAAGGAGAGAGAGAGCGUCACCAAAGAAGAGCUGCAAGAAUUUCUAGAAUGUGCGAGCUGUUAUGAGGAAAGUGUGGAGGCGGAGAAGUUGUUGUUGCACUUGAUACUUCACCGCAUAAGGGACAUUCUGAGAGUCCCUGGAUGUCCCUCUGAGAAGUCAGGGGGCCUUCCUAUUGUGAAUGAAAUUCAGGCCAUGCAAGAUCGACUGAAAGAGCUUCAUGAAAAGGUUCAAAAGCAAAAGGAUGCUGUACUUUCUGAGAUUCAAGACCAGGCCAAAGCGGGUGAUGAAAUAAAUGCUGUAAAGAAUUCAUUACAGACAGCCAUGUCUCUGCUCCAGAAUUUAGAUUCAGAUGCAGUUGCUGAAAAGGCGGCAAAACUUGAGGAGAUUCAAAGAGCAAUUGACGAUCAGAAGCAAGCCCUUGAGCAGAUCAUGGAUAAACUGCGUAUCAAUUACUCUGAAAUGUACACAAUUGUUCCUGUUGAGAUUGAAACACAUUUGGAAGAUUGCAAGCAAACAUUACAAGACCUAGAAGAAAAGGUCAACACAGAAGUCCAGAAAAAUUCCCCUCACUAUGCCACAGAUAAAAAAAUAGAAGACAUCAACAAAGGCCUCCAGGCAAUUGAAAGUAUGUUACAGCAGAAAAGUGAGAACAUCACGAAAGCUAAAGAAGUUCAAAAGAGAAUCUGGGAUUUGCUAGACCUUUGGCAUUACAAAAUGAAUGAGCUGGAUGCAGAAGUUCAAGACAUGGCGGAGCAAGACCCUUGCCAGGUCCAAGAGCUGAUGGAUCGCUUGAUGUUUCCGCUGCAGCAGUAUCAGCAAGUCUCGCAGCGUGCAGAGCGCAGAACUGCCAACCUAAACAGGGCUGCUAGCAGGAUGGAAGAAUAUGAGGAACUCCUGAAGAGCACUCAAGUCUGGCUUGAAAACACCAGCCAUCUGCUAACAGAAGAGUUGAAAAGUGACUCGUCUAAAGCUUUGAAUAAACAUGCCAGUGCACUCCAAAUGGCAUUGGAAGAUGCAGAACAAAAGCAAAACAUUCUCCGCACCAUGCACCCAGAAUUAGAGGAAAUGUCCACUUUAAUUGAAACAGACAGCAUGGUGCAGGAGCUGAAUAAAGUCAAUGGACAAGUUUCAGCUUUGCAGCAAAAAAUCAUAGACAUUCUUCCACACAUCCAGCACUUAGCUGAUGAGGUGGAAGCUAUUGAAUGUGAAGUGAAAACAAUGGAGAAAGAUGUAGGCAAGAUUAAGACAAUUUUGUCCCCUUCAGAGGAUACAUUAGAUUUUUCUCCAAGAGAUCAUCUUAAACAUGGCCAGGUUGUAUUGGCCCACAUCAAUCCCAUGCAGAAGACUCUUGCUGAGAUACAGUCCUAUAAAGAGAGUCUGAGGUUACCAGGCAUGAAAAUACAACCUUUCUCCGUGUUCCACAGAACAAAACAACUUUUGAAAGAGCUAAAGAUGUUGGAAAGAAUCACCAAGGAACAAAACAAACUGCUUGAGCCAAUUGUAAAAGAAGUGGAAGAAAGCGAGCAAGAAAUAGACUCUCUGAGGCAGUUCCUAAAGAGCCAUUCGGAUGAAUUGUCUACAGGAAUCCCACUAUCUGCUCAGGGUGGUUCCUACCCAGAGGAGGAGGAGGUGGAAAAGAUAAAGCAACAGAUUGCCAUACUGUGCCAGAGGAAAGAGGAUGUCUUAGCGACGAUGAAGAAUUCCAUGCUAGAACUUCACCAGCGGCAGGAAGAAUCUGAUCCAGAGGAUGAAACGGUGGAAUUACAGGUGCCAGAAGAAAGCAGAGGUGGCACUGACUGGCAGCUGAAAAAACGAGGGUCAUUGUCGCUUCUGCCUUCCUUGGUUGAAGAAACAGAAGACAGUUCAUUUCACAGUGAAGUGGAUGCUAGUGAGCCAAAGGCUGCAGGUGAUAAACAUGACCAGCAGUUAAGUUCUUUGUCUUCAGAGGGAGCAAGAAGUGAUGAUGGGGAGUCUCUUGGCGAUCAGACAGUGGCUGAGCUCUCCACCCCUUUCACAAGCACAGCCGAGUGCUUCCGCCGAACACGGGGAGAUUCAAAGGAGGCUGGUAGGCCUGGCCCUGAGCCUGCUCGAGUCCUCCAUGCGUGCCAGGCACAAGUGUCCAAACUGGAGCUGUGGCUAGACCAAGCUAAAGAGUCCUUGGGAUCAAAAGCCCAGACCCGGCAAAUGCAGCAGAUGGUGGAGCAGCAUCUCGCUGCAUGCCAGGUUAUGUUAUCAGAGAUUGAGCAGAAAGUGCUGUCCCUGCUGGAGGAUUGCAAAGAGAGGCACACCAACGAUAGCCCAGGCCUGCAGCAAGAAGCCGAGAACCUCUCCUUGAAACUCAAGGAUGUGAAAUGCAACUUGGAGAAAGUUCAGGGCAUGCUCCAAGACAAGUACAUGGAAGAACAGCCCAGCUCUGAGAAGUCCCCAGAGAUCCUUCCUUUUGACCUCUCCAGUGUAUUCCCACUCGCUACCUCGGACAGCCCUCAGUUCAGUAGGCUGAAUGGUUUAGAGCAACAGCAGGAGCUGCUGACGAAGCUGUCUGAGCAAAGCAAUCUCCUUGAUUUCAUUGAAAUGUACGUGGAUGAGGUGCAGCCACAGUCGGGAGAAAACCCCAUUCUAGGAUCCCAAGCGAGCCACCAGACACCCUCCUCAGGAAAUGAGCCCCGUGCCCUGAUUCCGAAGGACCGAACAGGUGACAAGUGGCAAUUCUUGCAAGAAGAAUUGCUCUUCAAGAUGAAUCCCCCUCACUGUCAGUUUGCUGAAGCUCCGAUGGCUACCAGAAUAAAUAUUCUGCCCAAGGGUGCCACGUCUAAUGUGAGAACUCCAACCGUUGAGGAGCUGAAAAUGUACACGGCACAGCUUGGCAGUCUGAGCCAAGAAGCAUCUGUUCAGACACAGGAAAAUGAGACAGGGGCAGUGCCCUUAAGCUUGGAUCAGAAACUCCUUGAGCUGCUCCUGGCGAUCAGCGGCUGCCUGAGCAACAUGGAACAGAUGUGGAACCCCUGUGUGCUCACAAGCGAAGAAGCUCCAGUGCAGCAGGUGCUUUGUGAGACUCUUUCUGUAGAGCUACAGAAACUUCAUGCGGACAUUGGCAAUAAAAAGGAUGAUCUCUUGAAGUCCAUCACCUCAGCUGGUGGAGACACUGAUAGAUUUUCCCAGUGUUUUAGCAGCUUGCAGGCUUGGCUCCAGAUGACAGAAGCAGCAGCCGCCUCUAGGAGCAAAUCUGUGAAAGCGGAGUUGAACCAUUACAGUAAUUAUCAGAAUGAAAUCAGGCAAUUGUAUGAUGCACUGAUUGAGAAAAAAUCCACGUUGCAACAGUCCUUCAAUGCAAUGAGCGGGCAUGGCAUUUCCAAGCAGCUCCAGAAAAUACAAGCCUGCGAGUUGGAACUGAAACACUUUGAGACACAGGCAGCAAAACUGAGAGAUCACGGAGAAAGACUUCAUUUGCCUGUCACACUCAUCCAUGAAGCUUAUAAACUGGAGGAUGUACUGGAUGACCUUUGGGGGAUCUUAAGAGCCAAACAGAGGGAACUAAUAUCUCCGUCUAUUAGCGAACACCAGUAUGAAGCUUUGUUGCAUGGACUGUCACAGCUUGCAGAGCUGGGGCAAGAGAAAAUUGCUCAGGUGCCAAAUUUAAAAGCUACCAGUCGAACGAAUUUGGAGUUUCACCUGAAAAAUCAUAAGAGCUUUUUCCGUACACUUCACACUCACAUGCUGCUUGUGCAAAUGUGUUCCAAAAAAGUGCCACCUGCUCUCUUGCAAAAGAGAGAGACAUUCUGGAAUGAGCUGGUAGAAAAAAUGAAGUCAUUGGAACAGCAAGCUGUCCACUGCGGGACCCGUUUGGAGAGACUCCUACAGGACUGGAUAGAAUUUGACAAGGCCUACUUAUCCUUCUCCCAAAAACUUGAGGCGCUUUCGUCCACUGUGCCUUCUGUGAGUUUGGUGGAAGAAACAGAAGAAAGGUUAAUGGAAAGAACUAGACUCCUCCAGCAAAUCAAAAGGAGCACUGAAGGCGAACAGGCCAGGUAUCAUCAGAUACUGAAAGAAGGGAAGAAUUUGGUGGCAUCCGUGAGCUGUCCUGAACUGCAAAACCAGGUUGAGAAGCUUGAAGAGCAGUGGGCAUCCCUUUGCAAAAAGGUUGAUCAUGAGCUCCAGAGGCUUGAGACCUUGCUCAAAUUCUUGUCCAGCUACAACAGAGAUUCAAAGGAGCUGGAGAAGUGGCUGGAGUCUGCUCAGCAGAGGGUGAAUGACUGGAAGGAGCACUCUCUCAAUGCAUCCCAAGACCUAAACACUGUCAGAGACAAUAUACACAACUUGCUUGCAUUUUCUAAAGAAGUUGAUGACCAAUCUUCCUUGAAGUCAUCAGUCAUAAGCACUGGCAACCAGCUCUUGCUUCUUAAGGAAUCCGAUACUGCCAUGCUCCGGUCGCUUUUGACAGAGUUUGAGCAGAAAUGGGCUGAUCUAAUUGCUCAGAUUCCAGGCAUCCAAGAGAAGUUUCACCAGCUUCAGAUGGCAAAGCUGCCGUCUCAUGAGGCCAUCAUGGAAAUAACUGCCUGGAUGAACCACAUAGACCAACAAAGAAGAAACGAGGCUACUGCAGAUUUGCAGAGUCCUGCAUGCCAAGUGAAAGGUCUUCUGAAGAAGUACAGGGAAUAUCUGAUGGAAAUGAACUUCAAACAGUGGAUUGUUGACUACGUCAAUCAGUCACUACUACAGACAUCGACUUGCGAUGUAGAAAGCAAGCGUUACGAGAGGACGGCGUUUGCAGAGCGUCUCGGGGAAAUGAAUUUGCAGUGGCACAGCUUACAAGGGUCUCUGAACAGCAAGAUAAAGGAACUGGAGCACCUUUUGGAGUCUGUGACUGAAAAGGAGAACCGAGCCCAGGCCUUGGGCUGCUGGCUGGAAGGACAAAGCAAAAGGCUAACCUUGGCGGAGAAGCCAGCGAGUUUCAUUCUUGCACAGAGCAGAGCAGAAGACUGCAAGGUGUUGGAAAACCAACUUGCAGUUAAAUCUGCGGAUGUGGAUCAGCUGAAACAGAAUUACAUGGCUUUAGGUGACCAUGCCAAACGUCCUGAGGAGAGAGUGAAAGGAAUCCACAAACUGGAUGAAAUGAGGACCCGAGUGGCCAAUCAGCUUGAGCAGCUGAAGACCUCGGCACAGACUGCUUUGGAAGAGUGGAGGGUUUAUGAUGAGGCCCAGGAUGAAGUCAAGCUGCUGCUCGCAAGAGCUUCAUAUUCCAUGGAGCACAGCAAACCUCCCGUGACCACAGCAGAGACUAUGAACAGCCAAGUGGAAAAUCUCCAGUCUCUUCAAGACAAAGCGGAGAGUAACGAAGAAAGCUUGGCUAGACUCCAAGCUGCUGCUGGCAAUCUGAAGAAGCUGUGUGAUCCCUCAUGCUCGGAGAUUAUUGAUCAGAAAUGCAAAGAGGCAUGCACAAGGUGGAUGCAACUCAAUGAAGAAAUUGGAGAUCAGCUGCAGAAAGUGCAGACCUCUUUAAGCCUUUGGGAUUCGUACAUUGGUUUGCAUGCUGAUGUGACAGCAAAACUAGACAAACAUGAGGAACAAUGCAAUUCUCUUUUGGAGGCUAGCAUACCUGCAGGCCUUACAAUGGAGUUCCUGAAGCAGAAGAUACAGGAUGUGAAAAAAUUACAACUUGGCCUUGAAAACAUCAAGGGAAGUUUUCUCCAGGCAUCAGAGCUGGCGGAUAAAAUAGCUCAGCUGGCUGAGCCUGCAACACAGUCACUUCUUCCAGACAAGCUCCACCCUCUUCAAAGAAUCACCUAUCUGGAAAAGAUGUUGCAGACAAAAGAAAAUGAAUUCCAGUCUGGACUUGUGCAAUUAGAGGAUUUCGAGAAUUGCUUGGAAAGACUGGAAAAUGAUGUUAAGGCAUCCAUAGAAGUCCUGGACAAUCUAAAUCAAGGAGAUGAAGACACAGAUCUAGUCAUGCCUUAUUUUCAGAGCCAGAUGAUGGGUCUCACAGCAUUGGCUCCUGAGAUGGAGAGUCUGAAUGAAGACAGCUUCAAGUUGCCACUCAGUGACUUCACGGCAAAGAGACUGCAGGGCCUGAACUGGCAAUGGACCCAGAAGACAGCGAUGGCUCUGGAGCAAUGCAGGGAAUUGCAGGGCCUUCAGUCAGAUGAAAAGAAAUUUCUUCAGAGGUGUCAAAACUGGGUGCAGUUUCUCGAGAAAAUGAAAGAAGGUUUGAAGGAGAAGGUGCCAGGCACACUGGAGAAGCUGCGGGAACAACAAAGAGGAUAUGAGAUGUUGCAAGCAGAUAUUUCUGUUAAUCAGCAGAUUUUUAAUUCUAUUGUGUCAAAAGCUCUGCACAUGCUGGAAUCAGGAGAAGCAGAAAACAGGACUGAGUUCAUCUCCAAGCUUUCUCUGCUGAAGGAACAGUGGCAAAGCGUGGUCUGGAUGGUCCAGCAGAGAAAGCGUGAGAUUGAUGGCCUUGCGAAGCAAUGGCAAAAAUUCACGACCUCCACGCAGGAUCUCACAAAAUUUGUCACAGACAUAAACAGCUUCGUAGCUGCUGUGAAGAGCCAGGAGAAGUACAGCUUGCACCAAGCCAGGAGUCUGAGUCACAAUUUGAAGAACAAGGAAAUCGUUCUUCAGAGGUGGCAAACAAGGUACUCCUUAACCUUGGAAACUGGAGAAAAGUUACUUGGCCUGGUGGCUCCUGAGGCAAAAACUGCCAUACAAAUGGAGAUGAGUCAACUGCAAGAGAAUUGGGAGAACACUCAACUUCAAGCGGAGAAGAUCACAAAGCAGUUUCAGGACACUUUGCAGACCUGGGGAAAUUGUGAAAGGCAGGUUGGAGAGCUGGACCGGAGGCUGCAAGAACUCAAGGCAAGAAUAGAAGACCCUCUCCCAGCAGAGGAUGAUGAGCUACAGACAGCUAAAGAACAUAUUAAGGAGCUGGAGAAGUCUCUCGCCAACUGGAACCACAACGUGAAAGAACUUGGCAUCAUGAAGGCCGAUCUGGCUCAUUACAUCCUGGCCGAAGAUGUGAUGGUGCUAAAAGAGCAAGUGGAGCAUUUACACCGACAGUGGGAAGAACUCUGCCUCCGGGUUUCUCUGCGCAAGCAGGAGAUAGAGGACCGGCUCAACGCAUGGAUUGUGUUCAAUGAAAAGAAUAAAGAGCUCUGUGCUUGGCUCGUGCAGAUGGAAAGCAAAGUGCUACAGUCGGCGGAUGUCAGCAUUGAAGAUAUGAUAGACAAGCUGCAGAAGGAUUGCAUGGAGGAAAUCAACCUAUUCAGCGAAAACAAACUAGUUCAUCUGAAGCAAAUGGGUGACCAGCUAAUCAAGGCCAGCAGCAAGAGCAGAGUGGCUGAAAUUGACGAGAAACUCAACAAAAUUAAUGAUCGCUGGCAGCACCUCUUUGAUGUCAUUGGAGGACGGGUGAAGAAACUGAAGGAGACAUUUGCUUUCAUACAGCAGCUGGACAAGAACAUGAGUAACCUCCGCACCUGGCUGGCACGCAUAGAGUCUGAGCUUUCCAAGCCGGUUGUUUAUGACAUCUGUGAUGAUCAAGAGAUUCAGAAGAGACUUGCAGAGCAGCAGGAUCUGCAGCGGGACAUAGACCAGCACAGUACAGGCGUGGAAUCUGUGUUCAACAUCUGCGAGGUCUUGCUACAUGAUUCUGAUGCCUGUGCUAAUGAGACUGAAUGCGACUCCAUCCAGCAGACUACCCGGAGCUUGGACCGGCGGUGGAGGAACAUCUGCACCAUGUCUAUGGAAAGGCGCAUGAAGAUUGAGGAGACCUGGCGACUGUGGCAGAAGUUUUUAGAUGACUACUCUCGCUUUGAAGACUGGCUGAAGAUGGCGGAGAAGACGGCAGCUUAUCCCAACUCUUCAGAGGUUUCGUACACUAACGCCAAAGAAGAGUUGAAGAAGUUUGAGGCCUUUCAGCGGCAAAUUCAUGAGCGCCUGACCCAGCUGGAGCUGAUCAAUAAGCAGUACCGGCGCCUUGCCCGUGAGAAUCGCACAGAUUCGGCCAGCAAGCUCAAGCUGAUGGUCCACGAAGGCAACCAGCGCUGGGACAGCCUCCAGAAGCGCGUUGCAGCCAUCCUCCGGAGACUCAAGCACUUUACCAAUCAGUGGGAGGAGUUUGUGGCAACCAAAGACAGCAUUCUGGUGUGGCUGACUGAGAUGGACCUGCAGCUGACGAACGUGGAGCAUUUCUCAGAGAGCAACUUUGAUGACAAAAUGAGGCAGCUAAAUGGUUUCCAGCAAGAAAUAACACUGAAUACCAAUAAGAUCGAUCAGCUUACAGAGUUUGGAGAGCACCUGAUUCAAAAGAGCGAGCCAUCCGAUGCUGUCGUGAUCGAAGAGGAACUGGAAGAGCUCUGCAAAUAUUGCCAGGAGGUUUUUGGCCGUGUCUCCCGAUUCUACCAAAGACUGAUAUCCUGGCAUCCGGGCCUGGAAGACGAAAAAGAGACCUCUGAAAAUGAAGCAGAAACAGAAGAUGCCCGGGGAAUACGGAAUGACCCCUGGCACAGGAAGGCCAUGCAGGAAGUGCCCCCUUCCCAGCAGUCUCUCUGUCACCUCGUGCCCCCCACAGUGGGUCAUGAAAGGUCAGGCUGUGAGACCCCCGUCAGCAUUGACUCCAUUCCGCUUGAGUGGGAUCACACAGGCGAUGUAGGAGGCUCUUCCUCUCAUGAAGAUGAGGAAGAAGAACCUUACUACAGUGCUCUCUCUGAUGUAGAAAUCAUUGAAAACCCCGAGGCCUAUCUUAACAUGACCACAAAAGUUUUGAAAGCAGCUUCUGGGAAAUCUGUUUCUGAAUCUCACACGUGGCACUCCCCAGACAGCACUACUUGUCGAAAACAUCCAUACAACCAGGGUGUGGUGGUCAGAAAUGUCCUGUCAAGCAGCCCAGAUACUAGCACACCUUACAAGCCAGGCUACGUGAAGCAACUGAGCAAUGAGAGCGCGGGCAGCAUGCAAGAGCUCUCCAGAAUCCUGCCUGGCAAAGAACCCCAAGAAAGCCAGAGCCUGGUUGGUGUUGCAUCUACAGAGAAACAACCAGGACUGGAGAGGUGGGAGCUGCUUCAGGCCCAGGACUUGAGCAACAAGCUGAGAAUGAAGCAGAACUGGCAGCAGUGGCGGCAGCUGAACUCUGACCUCACCAAUGUCAGUGCUUGGCUGGACAAAAUGGAAGAAGAGCUGGAAGAGUUGCAGGACGCAGAGCCGGCCACCGGCAUCCCGGCCAUAGAGCAAAGGGUCAAGAAGCUGAAAGAGAUGCUCAAAGCCUUUGAUAACUACAAGGCCCUUGUGCUGUCUGUUAAUCUGACCAGCAAGGACUUCAAGCAAGCCGACAGCACUGAGUCCAAAGAACUUCAGAAUAGACUCCGGCGUGUCAAUUUAUGCUGGGAGAAGGCAAAUCUUUUAAUGGGGAACUGGAGGAAGAGUUUACAAGAAGACUUAAUGCGUUGCCAGGAUUUCCAUGAGCUAAACCAGAAACUGCUGCUGUGGCUGGCAGGGGCCGAGACUCGGCGGCAUCAAGCACAAAUUAAGGACCCGAAUGCUGAUCCCCUCACGAUACAGGAGAGCCGAAGAGAAUUAAUGCAACUAGAAAAAGAGCUCCUGGAACAGCAGCUUCAAGUAAACACUCUGCAGGAAAUUUCCGCUUACUUGCUUGUCAGAUCUGAUGGAGGAGAUUAUAUGGAAGCUGACGAGAAGGUCCAUGUGAUUGGGGAGAAACUGAAACAACUUCUGGAAAGGGUUUCACAUGACUUAAAGGUCUCAAGGGGGAAUCAGGACUUAAGUGCAUUCCUGACAGAUGUGGAUGAAUUAGACGCUGGAAGAAAUCAGCAGCUUUCAGAGAAACCUUGCAUAUAUCAAAACAAGGCGGAUGGAAGAAAGGCCUUGGAGAGCCAGAGCGGCAGCAAUACUAGACUGGAGGAUGGAGAGGAAGCCAGCCCAGCAGCUCCCAAGACCCCUUCCUUCUUCUACCGGGUCCUGCGGGUGGCAUUGCCGCUUCAGUUGCUCUUCCUUCUCCUGUUGCUUUUGGCUUCCAUGAUCCCGUUUUCAGAGGAAGACUACAGCUGCACUCAAACCAACAACUUUGCCCGGUCUUUCUAUCCUAUGCUGCGAUAUAUCAAUGGACCUCCGCCAACUUAGAGCAUCCCGUGUGUUUUGAACGCAACCAAAAUCAGUCUCUUUCACGGGUGCUUCUUUUCAUGCUGCUAAUGUCAGUCCGGGAACGUCACAUGGCAGAAGUCGCUCUCUGGUUUCCUUGUGACGUCCUGCCAGGGCUUCACAGGCACUAACAUAUCACAACAAGAAUACGUACUUUCUAUUAUCGGUGAUCUCUAUCGCAGCUGACAACUAUUGACGUGGUGACCUUCAGUUCGACAGCCUGCUCAUCCCUGCAGUGUGCACGAGGGAACAUGCCAUGCUUCCCAUCUCCAGAUGCAGAUCCUUAGGCCAUUUCAAUAUGUGAGGGGUGGGUGGGUAAUUGCUCCCAGGUUUUGUACAGAAAAUACUGUUUCUAUAUAUUUUUGAACUUCAGGCAGCAUCCUUUAUACUUUUGCACAAUGUGUGAGCGAUCAAGUAGAUGGUCUUUGUGCCAGCAGGUCCACAGAACACUGUAUUUCCAGGAUAGUGUCGUCUUAGAAUUAAAAUGAUUUCUGCAACUCAUGAAAAAUGUCAUAAGGCAGAGUGCACAGGGAAACUUUCCUGCACAAGGCCCAUCGAAAUAACAUGGCAGUGCCGUUACUUCACUCUUUCAUCACUGGGGAAACCUCUCAGUGGAUUGGAUCCAUCGUUUUUACUGUGACAAAGAAAACCCAUUUUUUGUGUGGUGCUUUGCAUGCACAAAGAUCACAGAAUUUAUUUCUGUAUUUUGAUAUUGUAGUAGAAAGGACGGUUUAAUUUUUUAAAUAUUUGUUACACUCUGGUAUUUUAGCAAGCUCGUCUCCCCAGUUAACAAAUGCAUAUCUGUUUUCAGAAGAAAGAUUUUAGUACUUAGAGCCACUGCCUUGCCUGUCCUUUUUGUUUUGGUACUAUUUUUUUAAGAAAAAGAAUAAUGAUGCUGCAUGUAGGCAACCUACGCUGUGCAUAGUUUUCUAAAGAGAGAAAUGCUGAAAAUAAUUAGUGUUAAUUAUCUCAUGUGUAUACAAAUGGACAAUGUGAAGUUGUGGCUUUUUUUUAAUCAAAGGGGCUUUUUAGGUUUAAUCUUUUUCUUUCUUUUAAAAUCAUGUACAACAAGCCAAAAGGGGGAAAAAGCAAUGGAUUUUUGACUAUUUAAGGGCACAAUCAAUUCUAGGGCCAAUGCAGCCACACACCGUGCACAGAGGGAACACCAGAGGCCCCAGUGGAGCCUUCCAUGCUCCUGUUAUCCUCAGAGAGCACAACCAGGCAAGUUAAUUUGAGUGAAAAUUCCAGAUCCUGGAUUGGAGAGAGAUGAUUGGUGGGGAAAUGGGAAGCAUCCCAGCCUCCCAUGUUGGGGAAUGUCCAGUGUGCAAUGACCUGAAGAUGCACCAUUGGGCCCUAAAGUGACCCCUGUGUGCAUGCCCAGCUCUACUCACAUUAGCCACAAUAGUGAAACAGAGCUUCCAUGUUCAGAGGCAGGCUACCUCUGAAUACCAGUGUUCAGGGGAGGCAAAUAAUGAAAAGGCUGUCACCUUCAUGUUCUGCUUGUGGGCUUUCUGGAGGCAUCUUGGGCGGGCACGGUGGGAAAUAGGAUGAUGAACUAGAUCAGGGGUUCUCAAAUCUGCAGAUGAUGUUAGACUACAACUCCCAUGAUCCCCAGCCACAAUGACCUUUGCAGGGAGUGAUGGUGUGAGAACCCCUGGACUAGCUGAAUCCUUUCUCUGAUCCAGCAGGACUCUUAAAGACUCUUCACAUUUAAAGUGAAGGUGAGUUUCAGGUAAAUAGUAAUAGAAACCUCAAAUGACUGUAUCUCAAUCCAGAAUAUACUUGGUUCUGUGUACAGUGGAAUCAUUUUUCUCUUAUUAAAGUUCUGCUGGUGUGUGCAGCACUCAUAA